GAUUUGGACCCUUCAAAAUUAAAACCGAUUGAUGAUUUUUGAAUUCAUCAUGACGACGACGACGAUUCAAUUUCUCUCAACACGUUGAAUUUCUAUUUGCCUUGUUGUUCUAUCUCGUCUUUUCCAUUGUUUUCCGAUUCGGGUUCAGCUUCUCUUUUGGAUCGGCUUCUUAGGUUUUUGACAGGCUGCUACAAAUUCUGUGAUCAGUUUGUACCAACUCACAAGUUGGGUUGCCGUAGAAGAAGAAGAAGAAGAAGACAUUUCACUUUGAUCUGAUUGAAACCGAGCUUCUUCUAUAUCCCAAUUUGAUCAGGUGAAUUCCAUAUUUCUCUACCUUUGAUCCAUCUUAUUUCUGGGUUUGAUCGUGGAUCGAGAAUUCGGGUUCUAAUCGAGUUUCAUAGAUCGAUUCUGAUCCAAUCCAAUCCCACAUAGCUCGAUUCGAUUUCUAUAGCUUAGAGAGAGGGGAAAAAGAACCAAACUUUGAAGAUUUUGAACUCGGUUUCUUCUUCUGGUUGCUUAUUAAUUGAUCUCGAGGGAUUCGAGUAGCUCUUGUGAGUGAGAUGGUAUAUUUCCAUAGCUCAAUCUCGGUCUGCAAUUCCGUCGACCAAGCUCCUACUUUGAUCAUGUCCAACUCUCUUCACUCCUCAAAUUUGCACCCAAAACCAAGAAGCUCCCGUAAGUCUUACACUUCCUCACCAACCUGUUCCAAAUUCCCUGUCUGCGACGGAUCUCAGUCGGCUGCUAUUGAUGUCGUGAUCCUUAUCGCCGUGAUCACCGCCUGCGGGUUCUUGUUCUUCCCUUACGUCAAGCUCAUCACCCUCAAAUCGAUUGAGGUCUUCUCAGAUCUCUCUGUUUUAGUCAAACAAGAGAUUUUGCAGAACCCGAUUGUGUAUGGAUCGUUAGCUUUGAGCAUCUUCUGCGCUGCCAUCUCCACUUGGCUUGUUAUACUCUUGUGUACUAUGCAGAGAUGCGGGAAACCCAAUUGUAAAGGGCUUAGGAAAGCUGUUGAGUUUGAUAUCCAGCUUGAGACUGAGGAAUGCGUCAAGAGCUCCAACAACAGCAAUGGCAAGAGGGGCAUGUUUGAGCUGCCUCGUGUCCAUCACCGUGAACUGGAAGCCGAGCUGAAGAAGAUGGCACCGCCUAAUGGGCGAGCCGUGCUUGUUUUCAGAGCCAGAUGUGGUUGUUCUGUAAGGAGAUUAGUGGUUUCGGGACCAAAGAAGCAGCAGAGGAAGAUCAAGAAAUGAAAAUUGAAAAAGACAACGUUAAACUAGGUUCAGUCUUUGGAAAUGAGAUUGGAUUGUGUUACACACACUUUUCUUUGGUUAGCUUUACUCUCAUACACACUUUUUUACAAGAACUGAUAUAUGUUAUAGUCUGUGUUUAAAUAAGGUACAAUGGGAACAAGCAUUGUAAGGAUAUUGUGGGAAACUGGUUAUAGUGAAAGAACAUUUUGGUUAUACUCUC